AUGGCACCUCAUCUCCGGGCUGCGCUAUACGCGCUCGCCUUCAGCCAGGCCGCAGUUGCCGCAGUUGCUGCACCACAGCUGGCACCCCGGGCAACUUCUAGUCUGGAUAGCUGGCUUUCGUCCGAGACAACCAUUGCUAGACAAGGCAUUCUUGAUAACAUUGGAUCAAGCGGUGCCUAUGCAGCAAGUGCAGAUCCCGGGAUUGUGAUUGCUAGCCCAAGCACAAGCAGCCCUGACUAUUACUAUACAUGGACUCGUGAUUCUGCCUUGGUCAUGAAGACUUUGGUUGAUUUAUUUAAAAAUGGCGACACAGACCUACUUGAUGUCAUUGAAGAAUAUAUCAGCGCACAGGCAUAUAUCCAGACCGUUUCGAACCCAUCAGGAAGUCUAUCCAGUGGUGGUCUCGGGGAGCCCAAGUUUAAUGUGGAUGAGACAGCCUAUACAGGCUCUUGGGGGCGUCCUCAGCGUGACGGUCCUGCAUUGCGGGCCACAGCAUUGAUUGCGUUCGGCCAGUGGUUGAUUGACAAUGGUUAUACCACUGAGGCGACAAAUAUUGUCUGGCCAAUCGUGCGCAAUGAUCUCUCUUACGUGACACAGUACUGGAAUAGCUCUGGAUAUGAUCUCUGGGAAGAAGUCAGUGGAGAAUCAUUCUUCACAAUUGCUGUUCAGCAUCGUGCUCUUGUGGAAGGCAGUAAAUUUGCCAGCCAAGUGGGCUCAUCUUGCUCUUAUUGUGACUCCCAGGCACCACAGGUGCUCUGUUUCUUGCAAUCAUUCUGGACUGGAUCUUAUAUCCUGGCCAACUUUGGCAGCAGCCGCACUGGGAAAGAUGUCAAUACCAUUCUGGGCAGCAUUCACACCUUCGACCCAGAAGCUGCUUGUGAUAGUACAACUUUCCAACCAUGCUCCUCUCGAGCAUUGGCCAACCACAAAGUGGUCACUGACUCUUUCCGUUCGGUCUAUAGCUUGAAUUCUGGUAUAUCUGAAGGUGUUGCAGUCGCCGUUGGUCGAUACCCCGAAGAUUCUUACUAUAAUGGCAAUCCUUGGUAUCUGUGUACCUUGGCUGCAGCUGAACAACUAUAUGACGCGCUUUAUCAAUGGGAUAAUGUCGGCUCUUUGACGAUUGACUCAGUUUCCUUGGCUUUCUUCCAGGAUCUAUACAGCUCGGCUGCAACAGGAACAUACUCCUCCUCGAGUGCCACAUACUCGACUAUCGUGAGCGCUGUGAAAACUUACGCUGACGGAUAUAUGAGUGUCGUUGAAGAGUACGCGAUGAGCAAUGGAUCGCUCUCCGAGCAAUUCUCCAAAUCUGAUGGCUCGCAAGAAUCAGCACGCGAUCUAACAUGGUCUUAUGCAGCCCUUUUGACGGCUAAUAUGCGGCGGAACUCAAUCGUUCCUCCAGCAUGGGGCGAAACAUCUGCUAGCAGCGUGCCUGCGACCUGUAAAUCGACCUCAGCAACAGGCACUUACAGCACUGCAACAAACACAGCCUGGCCAACAACUUUGACUAGCGGAUCCGGCUCAACUACUACCACGACCUCAACAGGCACCAAGGCUACAACAAGUACUACAACUACCAAAUCCACAAGCACAACGUCGACGACGUCAUGUACCACUCCAACCGCCGUAGCGGUGACAUUUGAUCUCAUUGCGACCACCUACUAUGGUGAGAACAUUAAACUUGCAGGAUCUAUCAGCCAACUCGGUUCCUGGGAUACAGAUGAUGCUGUGGCGCUCAGUGCUGCAGAUUAUACCGACAGUAAUCAUCUUUGGUUCGUGACAGUCACCCUGCCAGCAGGAACCAGCUUCGAGUAUAAGUACAUUCGGAUUGAGAGUGAUGGCACUAUUGAAUGGGAAAGUGAUCCGAACCGUUCUUACACCGUGCCAGCCGCGUGUGCGACUACCGCAGUUACCAAGAGUGAUACUUGGCGAUGA